AUGUUUACUCAUACUACUCCGGGAACACCACUUGGACCUUGCGAGUUGAAUCCUUGCUUGAAUGGAGGGAUUUGUGAGGAAGAAGAUGAUGAUAGUUUUACAUGUAAAUGUCAAGAUGGGUUCUCUGGAGAGCUUUGUGAAAUUACUCCAUGCAGUGAAAAUCCAUGCUACAACGAUGGAGUUUGUGAGAUCUCUGGAAAUUCAUUCACAUGCAACUGCCUUGAAGGAUUUUUUGGAGAAAGAUGUGAGCUUUCUCCUUGUGCACCAAAUCAGUGCUUGAACGAUGGAACCUGUACAAUUAUCGACAACAUUGAUUUUAAAUGCGAAUGCUUUGGCGGCUUCUAUGGAGAAUUAUGUGAACUAGGCAGUUGUGAUUUGAACCCUUGUCAGAACGGAGCAACUUGCGAAGAAGAAAACGGAACUUAUGUUUGCUUCUGUCCUGAGCAUUUCUCUGGGGUCAAUUGCGAAAAUGAUGCAUGCACACCAAAUCCCUGUGAAAACGAUGGAAUGUGUUUAGUGAACGAAGAAGGCUUUAAAUGCGAAUGCUUAGACGGCUACUCCGGUGAAAUAUGCGAAAUAACACCUUGUGCGUCUGAGCUGUGUGAAAAUGAUGGCGUAUGCAUUGAAAGUGGAGACUCUUACAUUUGCGAAUGUCUAGAUGGAUUUAGCGGAGAGCACUGCGAAGAGACGCCGUGCUCGCUUGAACCCUGUUACAAUGAUGGAGUGUGCGUUGAAACUGGAUCGUCUUACGAAUGUCAAUGUCCAACAGGCUUUUAUGGAGAAAACUGUGAGUUCAGUCCUUGUUCUUCAGAACCAUGUAUAAAUGGAGAAUGCGAAGUUGUUGGAAGCGGUUAUCAGUGCAUCUGUCUCGAUGGAUUUUCCGGAGUCGAUUGCGAACUUGGCCGCUGUGAUUCAAAUCCUUGUUUAAAUGAAGGUGUUUGCGCCGAUGAAGAAGAUGGCACUUAUGUUUGCACAUGCAAAGAAGGCUUUUCCGGGGUGAAUUGCGAACUGACUCCUUGUGCUCCGAACCCAUGCCACAAUGACGGCACUUGCUCGAUUGUUGGCUCUUCGUUCGAGUGCAAAUGUCUUCCAGGAUAUUUCGGCGAAACAUGCGAGGAAAAUUCCUGCUCCGACGAGCCCUGUGAGAAUGGAGGAAGUUGUAAUCCCGUUGGCGAAUCUUAUGAGUGUAUCUGCCCUGACGGUUACACCGGCGAAAAUUGUGAGCAAACACCGUGUACGUCAAUGCCUUGUUUGAACGAAGGAAUUUGUACGAUAACUCUUGACAGCUCUUACGAAUGCGAGUGCAAGGAAGGCUUCUCGGGGGUGAAUUGUGAACUUGGCCCCUGUUCGUUGAGCCCCUGUCUGAACGAAGGAAUUUGCAGUGAGAAUCUUGAUGGGUCUUACGUGUGUGACUGUUUAGACGGCUUCUCCGGGGAAAAUUGCGAGAGAACGCCCUGCGCUCCCAACCCUUGCGAAAACGAUGGAACUUGCUCCAUCCAGGGAUCGAGUUUCACUUGCGACUGUCGUGAGGGAUUUCUCGGGACGACAUGUGAACUCACACCGUGUUCUUCUAAGCCUUGUCUAAACGGCGGCCUUUGCGAAAAUAUCGGCGAUUCCUAUUUGUGCGAAUGUCCAAGCCCCUUUUUUGGCGAGAACUGCGAGUCAACCCAUUGCUCUUCUGAACCUUGCCUCAACGGUGGAGAAUGCAUUGCUAACGAAGACGGUUAUACAUGCAAAUGCACAGAAGAUUUUUCUGGAGAUAAUUGCGAAAUUGGCGCAUGUUCUUCAAGCCCCUGUCUGAACGGAGGUGUUUGCGAAGAUAAAGAAACGACUUAUGAAUGCCAAUGUCCCGAAGGCUUCACCGGGGUCAAUUGCGAAAAGACUCCUUGUUCAAUAAAUCCGUGUCAAAACGAUGGGACGUGCUUGGUCGAUGGAAGUUCAUUUAUUUGCACUUGUCUUCCUGGCUUUUCCGGAAAUACUUGUGAGACCACUCCUUGUUCUUCCGAUCCAUGUGGCAAUGAAGGAGAGUGCUUAGUUGUUGGCGGAUCUUAUCAGUGUCGCUGCAAGGAGGGCUUUUCCGGAAUAAACUGCGAAGAAACUCCCUGUUCGAACAGUCCUUGUGGGGCGAAUGGCUCGUGUCAUGUAAUUGAGGGAUCGUAUCAGUGCACCUGCAAUGAGGGAUUCUCUGGCAGCAAUUGCGAGAUAAAUCCUUGCACUCAUAAACCUUGUCAAAACAACGGGGAAUGCAUAAUUGACGGUGGAUCAUAUCAAUGUCAUUGCGAACACGGCUUUUCCGGAAACGAUUGCCAGAUUACCCCUUGCGACGACAUGCCGUGUCAGAACAGCGGAGUGUGCAGCAUUUCUGACGGAUCUUACCAAUGUCAAUGUCCAGAGGGAUUUUCAGGAAGGGAUUGUGAGACGACUCCCUGUACAAUUAAUCCUUGCAAAAAUGAUGGAACGUGCGCUAUAAUUGGAAGCUCUUAUCAAUGCACGUGUUUGGACGGGUUUAUUGGGCAAAAUUGUGAGUCUGUGGUGAUCGACUCUUGUGAUCCAGAUCCUUGCCAAAACGGAGGGGAAUGUACGACGGAUGGCGAAUCGUUUAUUUGUUUGUGCCCUGAUGGGUACACUGGGAACGACUGUAGUGUUACUCCUUGUUCGAAUUCGCCGUGCCAAAAUGGCGGCGAAUGUAUAAUUAAUGAAUCAUCAUACCAGUGUAAAUGCGAAGAGGGAUUUUCUGGCGAAAACUGUGAAACCACUCCUUGUUCGAUCAACCCUUGUCAAAAUGAUGGAAUGUGCUCGAUUAUUGGCAGCUCUUAUCAAUGCACUUGCUUAGAAGGCUUCACAGGACCAAAUUGCGAAUCUGAAGUUAUAAAUCCUUGUUCACCAAAUCCAUGCAACAAUGACGGUACCUGCGAAAUAAGUGGAGAUUCUUUUGUAUGCACUUGUCUUGAAGGAUUCUCUGGUAAGGAUUGCAGUUUAACUCCGUGCGCUCCGAAUCCAUGCAGCAAUGACGGAACCUGCAAUAUCAAUGGAGAGUCCUACACAUGCGACUGUCGCGAAGGUUUCACUGGAAAUAAUUGUGAAACAACGCCGUGUUCCGGUAAUCCUUGUCAAAACAGUGGCGACUGCAUCAUCAUCGGGGGUUCUUAUAAUUGCAAUUGUCAAGAAGGCUUCACUGGCGAAAACUGUGAAACUACUCCAUGCUCAAAUAAGCCUUGCCAAAACAGUGGAGAAUGCAUCAUCAUCGGUGGAUCAUAUGAGUGCAGUUGCGCUGAUGGCUUUGUAGGUCCAAAUUGCGAGGAAAUAGAAAUAACUCCGUGUCGCCCAAAUCCUUGCAAUUAUGACGGAACUUGCACGAUUAUUGGCGAUAAUUACGUAUGUAGCUGUCUCGAGGGAUUCUCUGGAAGAGAUUGCAACAUUACACCUUGCUCAGGACGUCCUUGUCAAAAUAGUGGCGAAUGCUCAAUCAUCGGCGGUUCCUACGAAUGUUCUUGCCCGGACGGAUACUCAGGUGAAAAUUGUGAGAAGGAUCCUUGCUGGAACAAUCCCUGCAAAAACGAAGGACAGUGCAGCGUUAAUGGAAGUUCCUACCAAUGUAGCUGCAAAGAUGGUUUCUCGGGCGACGAGUGCCAGAUCACGCCCUGUUCCAUCAACCCGUGUAAAAAUGAUGGCACGUGUAACAUCGUCGGCGGAUCAUAUGAGUGCAAGUGUUUGGAUGGCUUUGCAGGAGCAACGUGCGACCUGACUCCCUGUGUUCCGAAUCCUUGUGGAAAUUACGGAACUUGCUCGCUUAUUGGAGAUAGCGGAGAUUACAACUGUGCCUGCCUCGAAAGUUUUGCUGGAAAGAACUGUGAGCUCACACCGUGCGCACCAAACCCAUGUGAAAAUGACGGAACUUGCUCUAUCAGCGGAGAUUCUCAUGAGUGUCAAUGUCUAGAAGGCUUCUUCGGUCCCAAUUGCAAUAUCACUCCCUGCUCUAACAGGCAUAGUUCUCAAAUUCCAGUACUUGAGAAAGUAGCCCCUUGCCAAAAUGGAGGUGAAUGCUCAAUUUCAGGUGGAUCUUUUGAUUGCUCGUGUCCGGAAGGAUUCAGUGGCGAGACAUGUGAAACUACUCCCUGCUCAUCAAAUCCGUGUCUCAACGGCGGAACCUGUAAUAUAGACGGCGGUUCUUACAUCUGCAGCUGUCCCGAAGGCUUCUCCGGGAAUCAAUGCAACGUUACUCCUUGCUCAGAUGAUCCUUGUUCUAACGGCGGCUCCUGCACGAUUAAUGGCAGUUCUUACGAGUGUAAGUGUCCAGAUGGUUUCUCCGGAUCGCAAUGUCAGGUCACGCCUUGCACACCUAAUCCCUGCCAGAAUGAUGGUCAGUGUUCGGUCGUCAACGGAUCGUUCCAGUGCCAGUGUCGCGAGGGAUUUUCCGGUUCACUGUGCCAAACCACGCCGUGCUCUUCUAAACCGUGUCUCAAUGGCGGAGAGUGCUCAGUUACUGGCGGCUCUUAUCAAUGCAGUUGUCCUGAUGGAUUUUCUGGAAAUAAUUGCCAGAAUACUCCUUGCACAGGAAAUCCUUGCCAGCACGGCGGUGAUUGCACAAUCAGCGGUGGCUCGUAUCAGUGCAGUUGUAAAGAAGGUUUCUCCGGGAACGAUUGCUCUACGACGCCGUGCACAGGAAAUCCUUGCCAGUAUGGAGGUACUUGCUCAAUCAGCGGUUCGUCUUACCAAUGUGCUUGCGAACCCGGCUUUUCUGGAAAGGAUUGCACGACUACUCCUUGUUCUGGAAGCCCAUGCGAAAAUGGAGGGACUUGCUCGAUUAGUGGUGGCUCCUACCAAUGCGGUUGCCCGAAUGGAUUUUCUGGAAACGAUUGUCAAAUAACACCUUGCACAAAUAAUCCCUGCCAGCACGGUGGUGGAUGCUCAAUUAGCGGUGGUUCAUACCAGUGCAACUGUAACGAAGGAUUCUCCGGUAAUGAUUGCUCCACAACGCCUUGCACAGGAAAUCCAUGUCAACACGGAGGCAGUUGCUCGAUCAGCGGUUCAUCUUACCAAUGCAGCUGUCAAGACGGUUAUUCUGGAAAAGAUUGCUCAACGACUCCUUGUACAAAUAAUCCGUGUAACACUGGCUCGUGUUAUGUCGUCGGAGGGUCAUAUCAGUGUAGUUGCCCUGAUGGGUAUUCUGGGAAUCAAUGCCAAUACAAUCCUUGCUCUGGAAGCCCUUGCCAAAAUGGCGGUAGUUGCUCAAUCAAUGGCGGAUCCUACCAAUGUGGCUGUCCAAACGGCUUCUCUGGUAAAGACUGCCAAAUCACCCCUUGCACAAACAACCCUUGCAAUACUGGAUCAUGCAAUGUUGUAGGAGGUUCGUAUCAAUGUGAUUGCCCUGAUGGAUUUUCUGGAAGUCAAUGUCAAGUGACUCCUUGUACGGGAAGCCCUUGUCAAAACGGAGGCAGUUGCACUAUCAGUGGCGGUUCCUAUCAAUGUGGUUGCUCCGAGGGUUUUUCAGGGAAUAAUUGUGAGGUCACGCCUUGUAGUGGGCAUCCAUGCCAGAAUGGAGGCAGUUGCUCGAUCAGUGGUGGAUCAUAUCAAUGUGGCUGUCCAAAUGGCUUCUCUGGUCAUAAUUGCCAAAUCACGCCUUGCAGUGGAAGCCCUUGUCAGAAUGGCGGUAGCUGCUCGAUCAGUGGCGGAUCUUAUCAAUGUGGUUGUCCUGAAGGCUUUUCCGGAAACGAUUGUCAAGUCACUCCCUGUUCCUCGAAGCCAUGCUCUAACGGCGGAACAUGCUCUAUUGACGGCAGUUCAUAUACCUGCAGCUGUUCUGAGGGCUUCUCAGGCAAUAAUUGCCAGACAACACCUUGCACUAACAAUCCGUGUGAGAACAGCGGCUCGUGUAAUGUCGUCGGCGGGUCUUAUCAAUGCUCUUGUCUUGAUGGAUAUUCGGGUACCAAUUGCGAAGUUAAUCCAUGCUCGGGCUCGCCUUGUCAGAAUGGAGGUAGCUGUUCCAUCAAUGGCGGAUCCUAUGAUUGCGCGUGUCCUGACGGUUAUUCUGGAAACAAUUGUCAGAUUGAUCCGUGCUCAUCUAAUCCCUGUCAAAAUAGUGGCGAGUGCUCUGUUUCGGGAAGCUCAUUCCAGUGUCGCUGUCCUGAGGGCUUUUCCGGUCCUAUUUGUGAGAUUACGCCUUGCUCAUCAAAUCCAUGCGAAAAUAAUGGCAGUUGUUCGAUCAGCGGAAGUUCAUUUCAAUGCCAAUGUCCUCCUGGUUUCUCUGGAGAUCGGUGCCAAAAUACUCCGUGCACAGGUGAACCUUGUCAGAAUGGCGGAACGUGCUCGAUUAAUGGAGGCUCUUACCAAUGUACAUGCCCAGAAGGAUAUUCAGGAAGUCAGUGCGAGCUUGAUCCCUGUAGCGGUGGACCGUGUCAAAAUGGUGGCUCCUGCUUUGUCGAUGGAGGGUCCUAUAUCUGCGAGUGUAGCCCUGGGUUCUCUGGACGUGACUGCGAGCUAAAUCCCUGUUCUAAUAACCCAUGCGCAAACGGCGGAUCUUGUACUGUUGACGGAAGUGGCUACGAGUGUACGUGUGCCGAAGGGUUUUUCGGAAAUGAUUGCACGAUAGAGCCAGAAAUUGAAAUUGAUGGACUUGGAGAAGGUGACUUGUUUUUCAAUCACCGAUGGUACGAGUCGAUCAACCUUGCAACAGAGGGACAUCCCUUUAGAGCGAUUUGGGAUGAAGAGAACGAAGGGUACAUAAUAACGAUGACCAGAGAAGAUGGAGAUGUGCAAUACUGGAAUAGCAAUCAGGAUGGAACCUAUCUUAUGUUCGGACCGAAGUACUCGUCGCGAUACAUGUUUCAUAAAAUUUCUGAUGGCUACGCUCGAAUCUGCAACAAUCAAGAUCCCGAGCAAUGUCUCGGGGCUGAUUUAACUGAAGGAGCUGACAUUAAGUUUGUGAGUAUCGUUACAGAUACGACUUCUCAAACUAUUUGGAAAAUAACAAGAGUCUAA